AGCGACAACGGAUGCUUUCUUCUACACUCAUUUUGUAUUCUGUGUGGCAUCCAGAAUCACAGAAAGAAGCCAUCUUUUCUUCUUUAUUAUUUCUUUCAAUGGCUUCUUCUUCUUCUGAUCCCUUCCUCUUUGCUUCUCUUUCUCUGGUUUGCUUCUUCUUCAUCUUCUUUACUGAUAACAAAAACUUGGUUUUUGCAAAAAGAGAAGAAGCCAGCGAGCUUCCUUAUCAUCGUGUUCCACUCAUGUCUCUCUUUCCUUCUUCCUCAUGCAGCUCUCCUCUUCAAGGAGGAAUUAGGAAUGGAUCCAUGGAAGUGGUACACAAGCACGGGCCAUGUUCAAAGCCCAAGCAACCCUCACCAUCAUCAUCUUCAUCUACUUCAUUCAUUAUACCACACAGCGAAAUCUUGGAGCAGGACGAAGCCAGAGUACGGGCGAUAAACUCCAUGCUUUCCAGAACACAACAAAGUCACCAAGAAGCAGAGACUUCAAAGAUUCAGGUUCCGGCGAGGUCUGGCAUCGCUCUUGGGAGGGCAAACUACUACGUCACGGUGGGGCUAGGAACCCCCAAGAGCGAUCUGUCUCUAGAAUUUGACACCGGCAGUGACCUAACUUGGACACAGUGUAAGCCCUGUAUUGGUUCUUGCUACAGCCAGAAGGAUCCCAUCUUCGAUCCCUCGCAGUCAUCUUCCUACUCUAACAUCCCCUGCACUUCUUCCCUCUGUUCCCUACUUUCCCCCGCAUGUUAUUCACCGACGAGAGCUUGCUUAUACCGUAUUCGAUACGGUGAUGGAUCUUUUACCACUGGCUUCUACGCGAAGGAAACACUAACCAUACCUCCCAAUGACGUCUUUCAAAACUUCCUAUUCGGUUGUGGCCAGGACAACCAAGGUAUCUUCAGGGGCACCGCCGGACUGCUGGGCCUCGGUCGGGGCGCCGUCUCCAUCGUCCAACAAGCCGCCCAGAGUUACGGCAAAAUCUUUUCCUACUGCCUCCCCUCCACCCCCAGCACCGUCGGCUACCUUAGCUUCGGGGGGGAGUCCUCCUACAGCAACAUCAAAUACAUUCCAUACUAUUCCAUCUCCAGGGCCCCUCCCUCUACGGUGUCCACCUCAACGGAAUCACCCUCGGUGGCGUCAAUCCACCGAUCUCCGCUUCCAUGUUUCCCUCCGGCGCUGUCAUCGACUCUGGCACAGCCAUCACACGGCUCUCUCGGGCGGCGUACGGUCCCCUGAGAGACGCAUUCAGGAGAUUCAUGUCGGCGAGGUACCCCAAGGGCAAGACGGAUGACUUACUGGACACAUGCUACGAUCUGGGGGGGUUCAACACUGUUUACGUUCCAAAGGUAUCAUUGACUUUCGGAGGUGGAGUGAACGUCGAAUUGGACGUAGCAGGGAUUCUGUACAUAACGAGCAUAAGGCAGGUGUGUUUAGGGUUUGCUGCGAAUGAAAAUGAUGACUAUGUGGCCAUUAUCGGAAAUACGCAGCAGAAAACACUGGAGGUAGUGUACGACGUUGAUGGUGAAAAGAUUGGGUUUAGAGCCGGUGGCUGCAACUAAUAAUUGGUCCGCUCAAGCAAAAAUAUCUUCAACAAAUUAGUACAUGUUUAGUAUUCAAAAAAAAAUUUCAAAAAAAUUGAAAUGUAUCUCGGUUCAUUAAAAAUUUGAUAGUCUAGUGCUAUCCACAUUCUUGCUUUCUCUGUGAGAGAUUUGCAGGAGUAUUGCAAGGCCUACGUUAUGGAUAAGCCAAUCCAUUAUUGUUGGACCUACGCUGUCUCGAGAGCAAGAUGCCACAUUUCUCAAAUCUUUCCGUCCAACCAGAUAUUUGGGAUCAGGCUAAGAUAAUUUCCAAACUAUCAUUCUAUUAAAAAUGCAUUUAUUAUUUAAAAUUUGUAAGUUAAAAAUUUUAAAAUUUAGAUUGUUUGAAUUUAUUAUUUAGAUUGUUUAACAGUCCACAUCUGA